CAAGUUUGGCUCCAGGCUGUUUUGCCGGUUUUUUCUUAGAGCGCUGAGGGGCGCUUGAUGGGCGCCUCGGCGCCAGAUGGAACGAAAGAGGAUCACGAGAAGCAGAGCCAGCCCAGCGAUGCUUCGGCCAGCGCUUCGGCCAGCGCUUCAAACGCCAAGCCUGAGAAGGACGGGACCAGAGCGGCUGAAGCCAAUGGAGCCUCUAGCUCAGCAAGCGCGCCUUCGGGAGCGCAAGCAGAGCAGACACGGGAACAGCCUGAAAAACAGGAGGAGGAACCGCGACAGCCGUAUGUCCCGGCCAAAUGCCAUUAUGAAGCCCUUGGCGUUCAGGCAACCGCCACUGAGAGCGAGAUCAAGAAGGCUUACUAUGAUUUGAGCAGGGUGCAUCAUCCAGACAAAAAUCAACAAGAUCCGGACGCCAAAGUUCGAUUCCAGAGGAUCGGAGAAGCGUACCAGGAGCUGAGGGACAGAACGAAACGUGCAAAAUAUGAUGCCACAAAAUUCCUCGAACCAAUCUUUCAAAGCAUAGGCCAACCGGUGAACGAGAUGGUGGCCAAUUGGGUGUCGCAAAACUUGGUGCCAGGGGCGAAGGUAGAGAGCAUGGAGAUCGAUCGAAGGUAUGUGGAGCAGCUGAAUCCCAAUUUGCGGGCUCUCCAGAAUCAUUGCCAAGCACAGUUCUACCAGUUUCACACCCAUACUCGCGGAGUUGUCUUGAUCGUGGGGCAACCGGCGAAUAUCACAAGGGGGAGGCAGGCGUUGAGAGAGUUCAUGGAAGAACUCACUGGGACCCGCGCUCCCAGAGAUGGGUUGGUCUUCAUCGUUCCACCGAACGGCUUGAAUCGUAUGCCGAUGAUGGCCGCCAAUUUCCAGAACCUCUCCUGGCAGUAUGGUGCCCACAUCAACCAAGUGGCGCAGGAUCGAAUCGUCGCGCGGGGCGGCCCCCGGCUACCGGCGGUCGUGGCACAGCUGCAGCAGUGGAUGGACUUCCGUGGAACGGUUCAGUUCCCAGAUGGGCAGACGCUGGAUGCCUGGCAAUAUGCACAUGCGUGUGAGCUGGGCGGCAUCACAGGUGGCUUGGAACCACCCAGAGAGCCUGAUGCAGCUGCUGCCCGCGGGUUGAUGUGUCAUGCCCUGCAAAUGGCCACAUCGGAGCAGCCCUUGAACUUGCUGCAAUUAGCAGUGAGAUGUUUGCAAUCCAAGAUUCAGCUUACCAAACCCUUGGCACGAGCCGUCUCCUGUGAGUCAGUCUAUGCCGAGUACCAGCGCUUGCCCAGCAAGCAGGGUGCACCCUUGGUGUGCGCUUUUGCUCAAAAGCUCAUCAGUCAAACCGUAACGUUUCAUCGGAAUUUUACCACGGAUUCCAAUGUGCAGACCCUGAUGCGUUUGGGCCCUUUUCUGGAUGGGAACGAUGGCAUCGUUCUGAGAUCAAAAGGAUACAUUGCAGCCAAGGAAACUGUCCCACCUGAUGGACAGUGGCACAAGUGGGAGGAGGUCUUGCGGCCAGAUGGAAGGCUCGCGAUUUUCUGGAAGGACUUAAGGAAGCUCCUCCAAGAAAAGCCUCCUCGCCAUGGAGGGAUGCUCCCACCACCCGCCGAGUGGCAUUCGGUGCCAGAGGUCAUGGCCACAGUGCUGAAGCAUUGCGUGGGUUCAGACUUGCAGUUGGAUCCUCAACAGGGCCUCCUCCGAAAGCCUGAGCCUGCUGCACCUGCCGCUCCACAGGCACCGUCCGGUGAGUCCAGUGGGGCAGCUGAAGCAGCUGUGCCAGAGGUCAGCGAAGAGCUCACACAGACAGAGGAGGCUGAAGAUGUGAUUCAUGGCCUCAGCAAGCAGCGCGAUUCCGGGGCUUAUUUGGAACUGGGCCAUGUGACACAGAACAUUCAGAAGCGGAGUGGGCAGACGGACAAGAUCUCCAAAAAAUGGUAUGAGCAAUACAAGCUCUCUUUCGAUGUGCAGAAGGUUGGGUCUUCGGACUUUCGAGUGAAGCUCACUCCAAGUGGGUACAAGAGAGCUGAAGUGAGGAGUAUAGAAAGAGAGCGGGAAUGCCUCAGAAAGCAGGAGAGGGAUGUGGCUGAAGCAGUGCUCAAACGCCUCCAGCAGCAGCAGGAUCUACCGCGAACACUGCGUGAACCUGAGCUGUGUGCACUACUACUUCUUGCAGGUGAAACUUCAUCAGUUUCAUCUGACCUGCCUGCGAUGAUCUUAAAGCGCCUUUGUGCCAAGCCUGAAGGUGGUAAGGGCGUCUCUGCGGCCGAUCUGCUUGGAGCAAUCCGACCCUUCAACACAUCUCAGGUGAUGAACGCCAUCGUUUCCUGUUCAAGGCUUUUUCGAUUGCCCAAUUUCGACGAGGACUCCUUGGUUGCUAUCAUGCAAGCGGCAGCCUUGGACAUGCAUGACACCGAAAAGAACCCUCGUCGCUUUUGGGCUCCCCUUCAAGUGGUUCGUGAUUGUGUGCUGUCAGCUGGUCGAGCUCCCUUCGUAGAUCUCUUCAAACAGAGAAAGUCACCCAAAGACAAGAUGCUUGUGGCUUCCGCAGCCUUGCGGGUGAGCAUGGAGGUCUCCAAGACGGAGGAGAAUGCCUGCCCUGUUUGCCUCUCAGAUGGCUACAGCAACUUCGAGCCUUUUGCUGAACUGUGUGCGGCACUGGCCAAUCUGUACUAUCUCGUCUCGCCCCAUAUCCAAGAAGAAUCGGUGACUGAGGCCUUUGAUAAAUUGGCGAUGGCAUGCCAAAGCUUUUGCAAUUGCAUCUCUAACCGGAAGCCUUCUGGGUUGGCUCGACUGGCCUAUGCCUUUGCGACGAUGGGUUCCUUCCACCAGAAUCAGAAGCAGGUCACAGCUUCCCAGCUCGGCUUGGCGCAAGUCUGCAAGGUGCUUCUAACUUCAGACAUGAAGGAAGCGAAUGGGUGGCAUCUAGCUGAUUUGAACACCAUCGCUGCCAGCUAUGCCACCAGUACGCUGAAGGACGAGAAGCUCUUCUCGAAGCUGGCGGCGGCCACAGCAGAGAUCUCGCCAGAGAAGCUGAAGCGGGAUCAAGUGCUGAAAACGAUCCACAGCUUCAACCGGGCUGGAUUUCUGAAGAAGCUGGAGCCGUUCCUGAAGCAGUUGGCAGCAAAGAGCUGGUUCAAAAAGAACUUGGCAGAUCCCCAAGAGAAGCAAGAGAUGAAGGACGUUCCCGCACUUGUGGCGGGAAUGAUUUGCUCACAAGACUUUUCCUCGCUCGACGAAGUGGAGAAGCACCUGCGGAAGGACCGAAAGUCAGAGGUCCCGAUGAGCACGCUGGUUUCGAUCGUCAGGGAGCUAUCAGACAACAGCAACACAAAGGCUGUGAACCUCAAGCGCAGUGUGCUAAAUAUGGUGGUAACAGCAAUGAAAGGAAGCAAAGCUCCACCAAAUGAUGAAUUGGAAAGACUUCUCCAAGUUGGUUGCUACGAAGACGAAGCUUCUCUCAGCUUGCUGCGGGAGGUGUGCUGCAACAGACGUCGAUUAGAAUCUAUACCAAGAGCCACUGCAGGAUGGUUAGACCUGAUCAGUUCGUUCGAAAGAUUGCUCACCCCCUUCACCAAAGCCAAGACUCGAGUGCCGCGCCUGGAAGCUGCUUGUGCUGGACGAUUGAUGGAAGCUCUGGAGAAGAAGGGAGUACUCCAAAGCGGAAAGCAACAUGACCCGAACGUGCUCAAAAACGUGCUCACCGCCGGACUUCUCUUCUCACCGGAAGCAUUCGCCUCCAUGCCCUCGCUGGUGCAGACCCUUGCGGUGGCUUUGGGCCACAUGGCAAUCCCACGCAGCACCUCUGACGAAGCGGAUCAGAUGAAAGCCUUGGUGAAGAAGAUGAUGCCAGUAAGCCAAUCGGAGGGAGAUGAUGUCUUGGACACAUGGACGGAGCAGCUUGAGGGUAUUGUUGCGGAUGGCAACGACUCCGAGAAGAAGUGGGACCGUGUGGAAAUGAUGAUGAAACAGGAUAAGGAGCGGUCAAGACUCUACCGCGAAAUCAACGACGGCCUUGGGCAGAGUUGGCUCUCCAUCCUCUUGGCCAGGAGCAAAAAGAUUUCUUGGAUGGGUGGUUUAGUCAUCCGAGCCCAUCCCGCCCGGCCUCGGGCCGCAUUGCGUGAUUUGGGUAAGAAGAUGGAGACUGGUGGAAUUCUGGGCAUGGCCAGAUUGAAGGUCACCUCCUUGGAACCAGAGGACGAACCUCCUGCCCCCCGCGUCAAUCGAGGCCCCAAGCCACGCUCGCGCUCUCGGUCCCCGAUGGGCCGACGAGCGGGAGCGGGUGGACAAGGUGAGGCCAAGCCGAAAGCUAAGGCCAAGGUCGGUCCUCAGGAUGGGCAAAUCACGGUAUCAAGCUGUAGUGAUCCACGCCUUGGCUUCACACUGGAGGGUCAGUAUGUGAGAGAUGGCACCAACCACAACAAGGCCGUCUACCGCCGUAUUGCACCUGAUCCGAAAGGAUCAGUAGAGGCGAUCAAGCUAUAUUAUUGGGACGACCGUGAUGGCAAGGGAGACCAGGGAUGGUGGUUUGGUCCGAAGGUUGGAGGCCCAGAGGUUUGGAUGCACAACCCAAAGGCUUUGCAAUUUCCUCCAGAAGAUGGAUGGGAUUUCGGAUUGAAGGUUGCACUGAAUCGCCGCGCCCCCGGCGCAGCCCCAAAGGGCAAAGCAAAGGGAAAAGGAAAGGUCUCACCACCUGCACCACCAGCAGCACCAAAAGCAGAAGCUGCGGCACCCUCCAUGCCGGAUGGCAGGGACACGGCAAGCUCCCCAGCGCCAGCCAGCACAGCUGACUCUCCGAAAGCAGCUCCAGCAGUACCGUCAGCUCCUCCAGCAAAGAAGGCAAAAGUAGAGGAAGUUGAGGAGGACCGGUUUGCCGAGCUCAAGACUUGGUUGAGGUCCCUGAAUUCAAACAAACCUGAGCAAAUGAUGGGAUACUACGGCGCCCUGGUCAGUGAGUUUGAUGGAGAUUUGCGACAGAUAGCAGCUGCAAGGAUUGAGGACAAUCCCAAGGCGUCUCAAGUUGACCAAGUGGAGCCAUCGUUUUGGGGUGCCAUCAACUGCACCAAAGCAAUCGACAAGAUCCUUUUUGCGAAAGGGAUUGCGAAACUGCCAGCUGCCUAAAGUCCACCAGGCUGGAUUUGCUGAGAUUCACUGCAGACGGGACACUGUGAGCGGUUGCGAGGCCUUGCCGAUUGUGGGUUUCCUAUGCCGUGUGCUGUGAAGCCCCCUGGGCUGCCUCAUUUCCAUCCGUGGCGGCCGUCCCGCGCCAUACGAUCCGCGCGCUGCGGAGUUUCACGCAACGAGCUCGGCCGAGGCCGCAAGAGCCAGAAUAAGAGGGGAACCGGGUUGGGGGACCAUCACUUUUGAGAUUGGUUGGGGUCUUCGAAUCUCACAGUUUUGCAUCCAAUGAAUUCGUGAUUGGAACCCUUGUCAGAAGGCGUUUGGACGGCCAUGGAUUUAGGAGUUUCACUGGUCAAACCUGGACUCCAAC